AUGAUGCCCCAGCUUCAAUUCAGAGAUGCCUUUUGGUGCAGGGACUUCACAGCCCACACAGGCUACGAGAUGCUGCUGCAGCGGCUGCUGGAUGGGAGGAAGAUGUGCAAGGAUGUGGAAGAGCUGCUGAGGCAGAGGGCCCAAGCAGAGGAGCGGUACGGGAAGGAGCUGGUACAGAUCGCCCGGAAAGCAGGCGGCCAGACAGAGAUCAACUCCAUGAGGGCCUCCUUUGACUCCCUGAAGCAGCAAAUGGAAGACAUUGGAAACUCCCACAUACAGCUGGCCCUUGCCCUGCGUGAGGAGCUCCGCAGCCUUGAGGACUUCCGAGAGAGGCAGAAGGAGCAGAGGAAAAAGUAUGAGGCUAUCAUGGACCGUGUCCAGAAGAGCAAGCUGUCACUCUACAAGAAGGUCAUGGAGUCCAAGAAGACAUAUGAGCAGAAGUGCCGGGACGCAGAUGACGCCGAGCAGGCCUUCGAGCGUAUUAGCAUCAAUGGCCAACAGAAACAGGUGGAAAAGAGCCAGAACAAAGCCAAGCAGUGUAAGGACUCAGCCAUGGAGGCAGAGCGGGUGUACAGGCAGAACAUUGAGCAUCUGGAGAAAGUGCGGGGCGAGUGGGAGCAGGAGCACCAAACCACCUGUGAGGCCUUCCAGCUUCAAGAGUUUGACAGGCUGACCAUCCUCCGAAAUGCCCUAUGGGUGCACUGCAACCAGCUCUCCAUGCAGUGUGUCAAGGAUGAUGAGCUCUAUGAGGAGGUUCGGGUGACGCUGGAAGGCUGCAGUGUGGAAGCCGACAUCAACAGCUUCAUCCAGGCCAAGAGUACAGGCACUGAGCCCCCAGCUCCAGUACUCUACCAGAACUACUAUGAUCGGGAAGUCACCAUAUCAUCUGGCAGCCCUGGCAUACAACCUUCCUGUGGCAUGAUAAAAAGAUUCUCUGGGCUGCUGCAUGGAAGUCCCAAGAAUACACAGUCGGCAGCCUCUGCAGCCUCCACAGACACCCUGACUCCCAUCCCCAAUCAGAAUGAGGAUGUCUACGCCGCUGUCGCAGUGCAGGAGGCACCCGGACCCCCCCUGCCAGCCCAGGGCUACAGGGUGAUCUAUGACUACACAGCCCAGAAUUCUGAUGAGCUGGACAUCUCUGCUGGGGACAUCGUGGAGGUCAUCCUAGAAGGGGAGGAUGGCUGGUGGACAGUGGAACAGAAUGGACAGCGUGGCUUUGUACCUGGUUCCUAUCUGGAGAAGCUCUGA